AUGUCAUCCGGCCCGCCUCCCAACAUCACCUCCCUGCCCUCGACGUUAUCCGGCACGUUCCCUCAACGUCAUCUGGCCCACACCCCAACAUCACCGGCCCGCCCCCUGCUAGGUUUCCCCAAAGAAGAAAGGUGGCAAUCCUACUUUCAGGGGCGGAGAGGGGUGGCAUCAGCGGGGGCGACAUGUGUGCCAUGGGCAUUUGCUUGGCACACAGGUUGCUCCCUGGUCCUUUCGUUUGCUCUGGAAUCUUUAUGGAACAAUGCGAAGGGACCCGCUGACAAUUUUUUUCACUUGUGA